AUGUUCACAAUUCAUACGGAUGGUAGGGUUCAUACUUUUCGCUAUGUGUCGGCAAGAUUUGCUGACAAGCAAGAUCGAACGCUGGACUUUACGUUUUGUGAUGUGGAUAAAGCUAUCAUCGCCCGUAACAUACUUCUACUCUCACUGAUCAUUGACGACAUCGAUGGCACGAGGAAUUCCCUCCAUUGGAACAUCUACUACCACUUCCGGAUUGACGAAAAUUCACUUCAUCUGCUACAAAACCAGGCACGGAAGCUAUACGCUCUAGCUGUUUCUCUGGGAACCUGGCACGAGAGCAAGUAUGGCAGGCUGAUCAAACUCUGCGACCAUGGAUCUCUCGAAAAGGUCCGGGAGAUGUGGAAGUUCUACGGGUUUGAAAGAAAGGGAAACGAAAUCUCCCGCUUUAAAGAACAUCUCGACGCCUGCAUCCGGAAAUCAAAAUCAACAUAA